AUGACACGUGGAGGCAGGUUCCGCAAACCAAGCCCCUGCAGCCCAGGUGCUAAGGGGACCAGGUCCGACCCCCUGGACUGGGGACCUCGGGGCUCCCGAUCUUCCAGCUGGGGACUCACGGAUGGUCUCUCUCCCCUCCCCUCCCUCACCGCCUCCCACCUCUUCCCUCCUUUGCGCCCUCUGUGGCAGCAGGGCUCCCAGUACGAACUCAAGGACAACCCGGGGGUUCACCCGGCCACCUUCGCGGCCCACACGGCCCCGGCCUACUACCCCUACGGGCAGUUCCAGUACGGGGACCCCGGGCGGCCCAAGAACGCCACGCGGGAGAGCACCACCACGCUCAAGGCCUGGCUCAACGAGCACCGCAAGAACCCCUACCCCACCAAGGGCGAGAAGAUCAUGCUGGCCAUCAUCACCAAGAUGACCCUCACGCAGGUGUCCACCUGGUUCGCCAACGCCCGCCGGCGCCUCAAGAAGGAGAACAAGGUGACCUGGGGCGCGCGCAGCAAGGACCCAGAGGACGGCACCCUCUUCGGCAGCGACACGGAGGUUGACGCCGAGAAGGCGGAGGACGACGAGGAGAUCGACCUGGAGAGCAUCGACAUCGACAAGAUGGACGAGCAGGACGGGGAGCAGAGCAACGAGGACGAGGAGGACAAGGCCCUGCCCGCCGCCCUCUCCCGGGCCCCGGGCUCGCCCCUGGCCGCCGACGCCCUCAAGCCGCGAGACUCGCCCCUGGGCCCGGCCAAGGAGGUGAAAUGCCCUGUGCUCCGGGCAGCGCCGCCGCAGCCGCAUCCCGAGUCCGGGCCGGAGGGGCGCAGCGACCGCUGUCGCCGGAUCAAGUGCUUCAACCACGCGAGCAGCCGGGACUCUUCUUCCGAGUAG